CAAAAUCUUGUUCCUCUUCCUCCGGUCUCCUCUCCUCGUCACUGUUGCUGCUAAUCGCUCUCUGACACUCUUGCCUGCUGAUAUAUAUUUAAGCCCGGCGGCGGCAGAGGGAGGUGCCGCCUCUCUCCCCUGAUCCUCCCUCGCGCCGCGCCCUCGAGAUCCCACACCGCAUGCCACGUCGGCAGCCUCGGCCGUACGGCACCAGGGAAAUAUUUCUUGAGAUGGAUGCGUGAGCGGUUGGUUGGGAGCUGCGAUGAAUGCGGGAGGUCGGUGAGGCGCUUGGGGGAGUGAGGGCACGGCUGCUUGCUCGUGUGUGAUUUGGAGGAGGAGGAGGUGUAGGGUAGCGGAGGAUGAUGGGAGCUCUGCAGGUGCAGAGCAAUGGCGGCGACGGUGGUGGUGAGGGGCUCUUCGCUGAUGACCCGGGGUACGUGGAGGUUGAUCCCACGGGGAGGUAUGGCAGGCUUGUUCACCGUCUUCGCCUUGCUCUCGUGCUAAUCUUCUCCCCCUCCUCUGUUUCAACCCCAGCAGUACAGUGAGAUUCUCGGCAAGGGAUCCUCCAAGACUGUGUACCGGGCCUUUGACGAGCACCGGGGCAUGGAGGUGGCGUGGAACCGGGUGCAGGUGCACGACUUCCUGCGGAGCCCCGGCGAGCUGGAGCGCCUCUACGGCGAGAUCCACCUGCUCCGGUCGCUCCGCCACCGCGCCGUCAUGCGCCUCCACGCGUCCUGGGUCGACGCCCCGCGCCGCGCCGUCAACUUCGUCACCGAGCUCUUCACCUCCGGCACGCUCCGCCAGUACCGGCAGCGGCACCGCCGGGUGAGCCCCGCCGCCGUCAGGCACUGGUGCCGCCAGGUCCUCGACGGCCUCGCCUACCUCCACGCCCGCGGCAUCAUCCACCGGGACCUCAAGUGCGACAACAUCUUCGUCAACGGCAGUCAGGGGCAGGUCAAGAUCGGCGACCUCGGCCUCGCCGCCGUCCGCCGGCGCGCCUCCCCCUACGCCGCCCACUGCGUGGGCACCCCGGAGUUCAUGGCGCCGGAGGUGUACGCGGAGGACUACGACGAGCUCGCCGACGUCUACUCCUUCGGCAUGUGCGUCCUCGAGAUGGUCACCCUCGAGUACCCCUACAGCGAGUGCGCGCACCCCGUGCAGAUCUACAAGAAAGUCACCUCCGGGAUAAAGCCGGCGGCUUUGUACAAGGUGACAGACCCCGCGGUGCGGCGGUUCAUCGACAGGUGCUUGGCGCCGGCGUCGCGGCGGCCGACGGCGGUCGAGCUGCUCAACGACCCUUUCCUGCAGGUUGAAGACGACGGGUUUUGCAUCGGAGAAGAAGGCGAUUACAGCGCGAUGUACGAUUACCUCCACCAGCCUGCCUGCCUGGACCACCACCACCACACCGGCGGUAGCAACGGCUCCUCGGCGAGCAACGGGGUGUCCAACGGCGGCGGCGUCGACGACGACGGCGACAGGUGGGACUCCGAGGACGACGAUGACGGGAGCAUGCUCCAUGGCAUCGACCAGUUGUUCAACGAGAACGAGGACGAGCACGUUGCUGGCGUGGACAUCACCAUCAAGGGGAAGAGGAUGGAGGACGGUAGCAUCUUCCUCCGGCUACGCAUCGCCGACAAAGAUGGCACAGGGAGGGUCCGGAACAUCUACUUCCCCUUCGACGCCGACGCGGACACGGCGCUGAGCGUGGCCACGGAGAUGGUGGCGGAGCUGGACAUCACGGACCACGAGGUGACCCACAUCGCCGAGAUGAUCGACGGCGAGGUCGGCGCGCUGCUGCCGCACUGGACGCCCGGUCCUGGCAUGGACGACGACAGCGCCGCCGACGAUGCCCCGGACGCGUCGAGCGCUCCCUGCUGCAAGAACUGCCGGUACAGCGCUGCUUCCUCCGGCGGGUCGUCGCUCGACGACUACAUGUCCGCGGCGGCGCGCCGCGGCUGCCGGUGCGCGGAGCUGCACGGCCGCUUCGAGGAGAUCACGUUCCAGGCCGACGAGGAGCAGGUGCAGUUCCAGAGUUCAGGGUGCAGCUCCGAUGAUGGAGGUGGCCAGGCUGACGACAAGAAGCUCAUGGACAUCAAUGGCGUGGCACAGGGCGACGCUACUGAAUGUUCAGACUAGCCAUGAUUCGGUUCGUCACAGGAGCAAAUCAUGUUACCUGAUCACUAUGAUCAUGGCAAGAUCGAGUCUUCCGUGUCGAUUCAAAGAGCAAUUUUCGCGUGUCGGUGUGGGAUCAGAGCACCGAUCUGCCUGCUGAUGGGGAAGAAUGCGCAUCUCGGUGCCGCCACCAUGAUCAGGGAGCUCAGAGGGCUGGCCUUUGUGAUGAAGCUGGUUGACAGCAACCUUGAUCAAUCAGCACUUCACAGAGCAAAGUUUCUUUGUCAGAUCUGUAUUGCUUACCGACACCUUGCAAGAACAAAAAUCUGCACUGAUGUGCCAUUUGGACCGCGUAAAUCUACAGUUUCUAGAUUGGUUUCGUUUGGUUCUCCUGUCUCAAAGACCAGGCGGAUCCGGUAGGCAAGAAACUGAGAUGUGAUCAGGGUAGUCUGAGCUGCAUGUAAAUAAACUUUUGAAGUUUUGGAAAGGUACCAAAUCUGUGGAGAGGUAUAGUUUGAAGUUUGAACAGACAGGUGCUUCACUAAA